AUGGGGAAACAUAUCCGGAGUUUUGGCAGUGGCUUCGUCUUCCUCUUGCAAAUUUUGAGUUUAUUCAUUCUUCUUUCUUGUGCCAAAGCAGAGAACACAACGUGGCCCAUGGCAAAUGUGAAUUUAAGCCCAAUCCAGGCUUGGAGAAGUGCUUACUACUGCCUCCAAAAUGCAUCAAAAAGUUGCACAACAUAUACACUGAACACUACGGGUUGGCUGAACGUAACCCAUGCGGAUGGGCCUUCAUUCUGCAAGGAAGGGUGCGCAGAUCACAUUAGGGCAGUGCUUCAAUGCAUUCUCUACGUGAAAAAGGACUUCUGGUUUGGAAACAAGGCCACUGUCCAACAUCUCAACGAUACCAUCGACUUUGGCUGCAAUAAUCCUGCAGGUUUUAAUGGAACAAGUUUCUAUCCGCCCAGUGGGUCCAGAAUAAAUUCAGCUCCAUAUAUCUUGGCACUAUCAGCUUCAGCUUUGCUGUUGGUUGCAUUCCUGUAG